UCACGAGGCUGAUUCUCAGGACAAAUCUGCAGUAAUGAAGAAUCCUGCUACUUCUGCCUCCAGGAUUAUCUUAUUUCUGUUGAUAUUGGUACAGAGGAGCAAAGGUAAAUGUAAAGAGGCAGCGUCAAGGCCGGAGAUCAAUCUGAAUGUCAAAUACCAACUUCCUAAUUUCACUGCAGAAACCCCGAUACAAAAUAUAGUUCUGUACAAUCACAACAUCUAUGGAGGAGCAGUCAAUAAAAUCUACGUGUUCAAUGAAAGCCUUCACAACAUAUUUGAGUACAAGACUGGGCCCGUUCUGGAGAACCCAGAUUGUGCUCCCUGUAAAGAAUGUAAGCCUAAAGUAAACCAAUCUGAUAACAUUUGGAAGGAUAACAUCAACAUGGCUCUAUUCCUAGAAACGUACUACGAAGACCAGCUCAUCAGUUGCGGCAGCGUUGCAAAAGGAACUUGCCAGCGCCAUGUCAUUCAUCCUGAUAAUCCUGCUGACAUUGGAGAUGAAGUCCACUGCAUGUAUUCUAAAAGGAUGGAUGAGGAAUCAAACCAGUGUCCUGACUGUGUUGUAAGCCCUUUAGGAACCAAAGUUCUGGUAACAGAAAAGGAAAGAUUUGUGUACUUCUAUGUUGGAAAUACUGUCAAUAAUUCGUCUCGGCAAGACCAUUCGCUGCAUUCGCUAUCCGUUCGGAGAUUAAAAGAAACCCUGGACGGUUUUGCGUUUCUCACCGCUUACUCUUAUAUUGAUGUACUUCCAGAGUUCAGAAAUACCUACCCUAUUAAGUAUAUCCAUGCAUUUGAAAAAGACCACUUUGUGUACUUCCUCACUGUCCAAAGAGAAUCUAUAGAUUCUCAGGCUUUUCACACAAGGAUCAUACGGUUCUGUUCUUCCGAGUCCGUGUUGCAUUCAUACAUGGAAAUGCCUCUUGAGUGCAUUUACACUGAAAAACGGAGGAAGAGGUCAACCAAGCGGUCGAAUGAGGUAUUAAAUCUCUUGCAGGCUGCGUAUGUUGGUAAACCAGGUGCAGACUUAGCCUCGGAAAUGAGAAUUGAUGUCAACCAAGAUAUUCUUUACGGUGUAUUUGCUCAAAGUAAACCAGACUCUUCGGAACCAACUCAUAAAUCUGCUGUCUGUGCAAUAUCCAUCAAAACCAUCGACGAGUUCUUUGGCAAGAUUGUAGACCAACAAAACAUGAAAUGUCUUCAGCAUCUGUACAGAAAGGACAGCAAGUACUGCUUGAGCAGGACAUAUUCAAGAAACGCCACCUAUUGUGGAGCACAGGAUGAUGAGUAUCGGGUGGAGGUUACCAUACCUUUGCAGCGGGUUGACUUAUUUGACGAGCAGUUCAGCACAGUCUUGUUGACAUCUAUAUCUGUCUUCACCCAAGGGGUGCUUACCAUAGCAAAUCUAGGCACAUCUGAAGGCCGCUUCAUUCAGAUAGUGAUUUCUCGUUCAGAACACUAUGAACCGUAUGUAAAUUUCCAACUGGAUCACCAUCCUGUUUCUCUAAUUAAGAGUUUGCCAGGCGAUGAUGGUUAUAUUCUGGUGGUCACCGGGAAUAGGAUAACAAAGAUCCCGCUAAUUGGACCAGGGUGCUCUCACGUCAAUACCUGUAGUCAGUGUCUUCGAUUGCCUUCCUUCAUGAAUUGCGGCUGGUGUGGCGACCAGUGUGUGCGGUCAUCUGAGUGCACUGUAGGAAGCUGGACACAGGAAACAUGUGCUCCCAAAAUUUCUCAGAUUCUUCCAAGCAGCGCAGCUUUUGAUGGUGUAACAAGACUGACCCUGUGUGGGUGGGACUUUGGGUUCAGCAGAAACAACAAGUUGAAUCUUAAAAAAAUGUCGGUUCUUAUUGGGGGACAGCAGUGCAUUCUGGAUGUCAAAGCUAGUGACAAAAACAAGUUGGAGUGCACACUUGGCGAUGUAACGAAUGCACGUUUUAAUGUACCGAGUGUCGUUUCAAAUGGACAAGCUAAUGCCACUUUCAAUACCUUCUCUUACGUGGAUCCCAUAAUAAGAAGAAUCUCACCCACCUAUGGUCCAAGAUUUGGUGGAACGCUGUUGACUUUAACUGGGGAAUACCUAAGCAGCGGGAAUUCUCGAGAGAUUUAUGUUGGAAGUAAACAAUGCAGAUUGACAAGAGUGUCUGAUAAUACCAUAGAGUGCUACACUGCUCCGGAAAGAGAAGUGUCAGAGUGUCAUGUCAGAAUGAAAAUUGAUUCAGCGGUUCGUUCAGCGGGUCAUUUUACAUACAGAGAAAACCCUACUGUUUCUAAAAUUUAUCCUGCCAAAUCUUUUCUUAGUGGUGGAAGCACAAUUACAGCUCAGGGGAUCAAUCUGAAUUCAGCACACUCUCCAAAGAUGGUGGUAACCGUCCCUAAGUUGGGCAAGAACUUUACUGUGGAAUGUAAUCAUCGUUCUAAUGCUGAAAUGAUCUGCUGCACAACUCCGAUGCUAGGAUCAUAUAACCUGACACCACCUUUUGUGACAAAAGUAUUAUUCAUUUUUGAUGGAGUCAUCUCACCUGCAUUUAAUUUUGAUUAUGUGCAUGACCCGGUCUUUAUUCCCUCAAAACCUGUGGUGAUUUCCAAGGGAAACCAAAAUAUUGUGAUUAAGGGUAAUAACAUUGACUCAGAAGCUGUUAAAGGUGAAGUGCUAAAAGUUGGAAGCAAGAACUGUGAGAAUGUUACUUUGAAGUUUCAGUCUGUUUCCUGUACUGUUCCCAAAGAGCUGCUAAAAUCCAACCAUGAACUAAACAUUGAGUGGAAGAAAGAAAUUUCAUCAAUGGUUAUUGGGAAAGUAUUGAUUGUGCCAGAGCAAAGCUUCACAGGAAUCAUUGCGGGAAUCGUGUGCAUACCAGUUAUUCUCUUAUUGUUACUGUUUGGCCUCUUCCUGUGGAGAAAAAAGAGAAAGCAAAUCAAAGAAUUAGGUGGAGAGAUUGUUCGCUAUGACGGAAGAGUACACACUCCUCAUUUGGACAGGCUUGUGAGUGCAAGGAGUGUAAGCCCUACAGCAGAAAUGGUCUCAAGUGAAUCUGUAGACUACAGAUCGACUUUUCUGGAAGAUCAGUUUCCAACUUUAUCUCAGAAUGGAUCAUGCAGACCAUCCCAUUAUCCUCACACGGACCUAUCUCCCAUCCUGUCUACUGGAGACUCUGAUUUAUCCAGUCCAUUGUUGCAGACUAAUGUCCAUAUUGACAUAAGCGCCUUAAAUCCAGACUUGGUCAAAGAAGUUGAGCAUGUGGUUAUUGGUGCUGAUAGCCUGAUAGUACAUUUCAGUGAAGUAAUAGGAAGAGGGCAUUUUGGAUGUGUCUACCAUGGGACUUUGUUGGAUACCGAUGGCAGGAAAAUCCACUGUGCUGUGAAAUCCUUGAAUAGGAUUACCGAUUUGGACGAAGUAUCCCAGUUUCUAAAAGAAGGAAUCAUCAUGAAGGAUUUCACUCAUCCCAAUGUCCUAUCACUGCUUGGAAUUUGCUUGCCCAGCGAAGGGUCUCCUUUGGUUGUGCUUCCUUACAUGAAACAUGGGGAUCUUCGGAACUUCAUUAGGAAUGAGUCUCAUAACCCAACAGUAAAGGAUUUGAUUGGAUUUGGUCUGCAAGUGGCGAAGGGAAUGAAAUACCUUGCAAGCAAAAAGUUUGUCCAUAGAGAUUUAGCAGCAAGAAAUUGUAUGUUGGAUGAAAAAUUCACUGUCAAGGUUGCUGAUUUUGGCCUUGCUAGAGAUGUCUAUGAUAAAGAGUACUACAGCGUACACAAUAAAACAGGAGCCAAACUGCCAGUAAAAUGGAUGGCUUUAGAAAGUUUGCAGACUCAGAAGUUCACUACAAAGUCAGAUGUGUGGUCCUUUGGAGUAUUACUGUGGGAGCUGAUGACAAGAGGAGCGCCGCCCUACCCUGACGUCAACUCUUUUGACAUCACUAUCUACUUACUGCAAGGAAGAAGGCUAUUGCAGCCUGAAUAUUGCCCAGAUCCACUGUAUGAAGUCAUGCUAAAAUGUUGGCAUCCAAAGCCUGAACUUCGGCCAGCGUUCUCUGAGUUAGUUUCAGAUAUAUCAAUGAUCUUCUCCACCUUCAUUGGAGAGCAUUACGUUCACGUGAAUGCCACCUACGUCAAUGUGAAAUGUGUUGCACCUUAUCCAUCUCUUUUGUCAUCGCAAGACAACAUAGACAGGGAAGCAAAUACAUGACCAAGCACAUUUUUACCAUCAUGGGGUGGGAAACCAUAAAUCGUGGCCAAUGACUUUUUUUGUCUGUUGGUUUCUGUGAAGGCACUGUGUUUGUUUGUGUUGUACAAAUUGCACUACUUUGAGGAGACAAUUUCAUGUUGCUGAAAGCUAUGGAUUCCUGUGUUGUCCAGAUAAGAAUUUUCAAGCGUGGUGGGCAACCGUAGCACCAACAGUGCUAUUGCAACACAUAAUCUAAUGCCAGCUAUCAUUCAUUUGUGAGCAAUCUAGCUGCUGCUAUAAAUUACAUCAUGUACAGCAGAUGAAUUCAUAGAUUCAUCAGUAACUCAGACUGCCAGGCACUUAACAAAUGAGCUAACACUUGGUCAGCAGUCUUUUGCUGCCUAAGGUUGCAAACAGUUAUCUCAUCUGUAUUGAAGAUUUGUUUUGCCUGCUGUAGCAAUUUGGCUGUUUUGAAGGCGUACAAUGACCAAAUGGGCAUUUAGCACAUAGACCAAGGACCACAAUUCUUGCUUCUGCAGAAGAACAGUGUACUAAUUGAAAUUAUCAUGCGAUAAAAUUAUUGCAACAACUGGCAUAAUAGGUCUUUAAAAAUAAUAAAAGCAUUCCCAUUCUGCAACGAGGUUUAAAACUCAGAAGUCUCUGCAACUAGUAGGUUAAACAAAUUUGUGGCCAACAAUGCAGAGGCCUAAGAAAUCAGCUGAGUAGUAACUCUAAAUUUUAACCACAAUGGCUGUGUGUUAAUCAAAGGAUUUGCAGCAGGAGAAAGGAGAAGAGCUCAAACAAAGGAAAAGGGGGGAAGAGAUCAGGCAAACUUGAACCAGAAGGAGUGCAGCUGCUGCUAAGCUGGGCAUGCCGUUGAGAAAGAACUGAAAAGAGAUUUUGACAUAGCCUAUAACUGCUUGAUAUAUUUGAUUGAUUCCAUAGAUUGUGACAUGCCAUAUAUGUCUUUAUAAUAAUGACCAAAACACAGGUUUUUAAAAACAGUAAUUUAAAUAAUUUUGUAAAAUGCUCUUAACUCUUGAGCAUCGUGUUUCGUUUCUGUUCCUGUGGAGUUUGGUGCAUUCUACUGUAUAGACUGUUUGACGUAGGAUUGAUAGCUAGUUUUGUUGGUGUAAAACCUUUCAAAGCAUUCUAUUUUUAUAUUGAAAAGUUUUAUUUUUAAUUAAUCUAUAUAUAAAGGUUUGCACUGUGAACACUUAAAAAUAUGUUACCAGCUUUUCAUUCAUAAGUUGUAUAGAGGUUAAAAACUUUAUUCUGUAAAAAAAAAAAAACAACUGGAAAGGCCAAGAGUUGACUGCGUGCCACAUCCACCCCAAGUGUUUAAAACCCCAUUGCUGGAAUUAAAACAACAACAACCCUCUUCUAAGGCCUUUGAGGAGGCGAUGCUUAUAAAGAAUCCAAUUAUAAGGGAGAUUUAUUGUUCUUGAAAAGAGAAUGCUACACUGAAAGAUUUAUGGUGAAGGUGGAGUGGGUAAGCAAACUACUUGCUGAUAAUACUGGAUUGUAUUAAAUUGCCACUUCCAUUCCAGCAACAAAUAUUUCAUGCGCGCCGAGAGCAAUGUGAAUUGUGAACUGCCUUAACACUGAAACUUCUGCUGCAGGCAAAAAGAAGAAAAGGAAGAUCCUAAGGGGGUAAGGAAAAUCAAGAAGCCAAGGCUUAGCACAGUCAUUCUAAACCUGUGUACACUUGCUUUGAGGAAUGCAGGGAGAUGGGGAAUGUAACAGUUAGACUAUUUAUGAGGAGAAAUUAAUGUUGUGUCUGGGACACUUGUAAAUAACACGUGAUUCUUGUAGGGAUUUGAUGUUUGUACAUUCAUACAGUAUACUUGCCAAAAGAUGGAUGGUACUUGCCUUUAUAAUUGUGAUGGACCUAGUAAACUUAAAAUAAACCUAGAAGUUUGUAUGCUG